AAGUACACAACAAAGCAACCCUUCAACUCCUUUUUCUCCAUAAUUCUCUUUUCUGCACAUUUUUAUUUCUUUUUUGUCAAAGCAUUCUUUCAUCAACUCUAUUCUAUCUGUAUAUUUGCAUUCUUUUCCUAUCUUUCCUUUUCUUUCCAAUUCCUAUAUGUCAGCAUCAACUGAUUGAUCUUUUUCUAUUUAACUAAUCAUUUCUGAAAUAUGGCAAAAUUUGGCUCACAAAAUGUACGUCAUCGAACAACAUCUUGGAGACGUAUCGUUUGGGUCGUUUAUGCUAAACUUUGUACAUUAUUUAUACCUGAUAAACUAUUAAUAUACCUAUCAAAUGGACGCCUUGCAACUAAAGCAAGACGUGAAGCAUGGAGAGAGAAAAUAGCUUUGUUCUUGUCCUAUCUACUUAUAGGUACAGCAUUUUGCCUUUGGCUAGAAGUCAUUACUGUCUUCUUUUGCGAUGUCCCACCUACAUUCAACUACAAAGAUAUCUACAACAAUCAUUCACACUAUUCUUCUAUCAACGGCGACGUCGUGGAUUGGCGGAAAUUGGGAAACAAAACAGAGAUGACAGAACAAGUGAACUUGUAUCCGCACUAUGAUUUAUCAGCCAUGUUUCCUCAGUUUAUGGUUCUACAGCGACCUGAAGAUCAACUCUUUUACAACAACAGAAUCGUCGAUGAAUGCAUCAAUGGAAAUAAUCGUAGAACAGAAGCUGAUAAUUGGUUAAAACACAAGUUGGCAACUGAUCCAGGAUAUGUGUUUGAGCAUGACAAGUUGGUCAGUUGUCCAUUUCCUUAUCAAAGAAAUUUGACAGGCUCACCUUGUUUCUAUUCAUUGAUUGCACAACAUGAGUACGCUAGGCGACCUAAGAAAGGAGCCCUUAAAUUUGAUGUAGACGCCAUCUAUGCCAACUUUUCAUCUUUACCUCACAACGGCAAACCAGGCAAAGGAUUUGUGAUAUUGGAUGGACAAGUGUUGGACGUCACCGACUACCUGGAUUCAGCCACUAACAUCGUUCGUGUUGCUAAAGGUGUCUAUUCACGCUCUUUCGCUCUCGACCGCUUAUUCUUACCUCUCGAUCUCACCAUUCUAUUAUUCGUACAUUUGGGAGAAGAUAUCAGUGAUAAGUUUUACGCCAGCAUAGAGAAUGCAGAUAGCUACAAAGAAUGCUUAAUCACCUUAUUUCAGCACGGUGUGAUUGAAGGAGGAGAGGACGUUGGAUGUGCAAGGAUCAAUAUGGGAUUGUGGAUUACUAUGGGCUGUUUUCUGAUCUAUUUUCUGCUUAAAAUGAAUUUGGCGAAUCUCUCCAGACUGAAAUGGUUACGGCAUAUUCUACAUAAAUCAGUACCGACGAAUCAACCGAUCCUUAUAGACGAUAGCAAUAGCCAUGGACACGAUGAGAAGAUAUCCUCGCAAAAACAACAGCUUAGAAAAAGGCGAACCAAGUUGGAAGACGGCAAGUUCAUGUCUUCGUCCAUAGCAACGUUUGCAUCUAUACCUACCACUCCUGCUACUGUGACGGCAUCGACAACACCCUGUACAGAUCAUAGUCAUAGUCACAUGAGUAGGAUGGACACUAAAAGCAACAGCAAUAGCAGUAGUAACAGUAUCAUUUCUACUACGCGAUUUUUAUACCCUUUAACACUCCUAUUUAUACCUUGUUUUGCCGAAUCAUCCGAGGCAAUCAAACAAACGUUUGACUCACUCGCUCGUACCAGCUAUCCCGACGCUUGCAAACUGCUUUUUUUCGUCUGCGACGGUACUGCUAAAAGCGAUACCGAUUCCAAAGAAACAUAUCUCUGCAUUUUAGACAGCUUAGGUUACAGUUCCACUGAAGACCCCGAUCCACGUGCUUAUGUCUCGUUAGGCCAAGGCACUCGCAAAAUCAAUUACGCAAAAGUCUAUGCCGGAUUCUACGAAUCAGGUCGUAACCGAGUACCCUUCAUGAUGGUUGUCAAAGUAGGCUCACCGAGCGAGGCAUUAUCCACAACUCGGAUCCCCGGUAACAGGGGUAAACGCGAUUCUAUGGUUCUCCUUUUGGGCUUUUUAGAACGCUGCCUGAAUUUAGCCUAUAACCGCAUUACACCGUUGGAAUUUGAAUUGUUCAAUUUAUGUUACAACGUUCUUAGUAUCGAUCCCAGAGAUAUCAAGUAUAUGCUGGUGACAGAUGCUGAUAUUCAAGUCCAAGAUGACGUGGUGUUCAAAUUGGUCUCACGUUUAGAGGCAGAUAGGAAAAUUUUAGCCAUCAAUGGACAUAUUCGUCCCGCCAAUCCUGAAGAAAAUCUUGUCACUAUGCUACAAAUUGUUCCUUUGUACAUGACAUUUUUUGCAGGUUUAGCCUACGAGGCUUGUUUAGGUUGUGUGACCAGUAUCAAUGGAGGAUUUGUGAUGUAUCGUAUUUGGUCUGAAGCAUCUUCCAGCGCUUCAAAUUCGAAAGGAGAAGUCUAUAAAGCGACAACUGAUACUGUGACUGCCCUUUAUCACCAUCAAAGGCCAAAUAACAGCCUAUUAAGUGAUGCAUCGAGUACUCAAGACACGGAAUUCGAAGGGGAUAUCAAGCUAAGAAAUGUGGAAUUACAGCAACCAUUUAGAGAUGAACAGCACCUACAUUUACAACCUGAUAUUAGUAAUUCGAAUAGAAAGCCCAAAGUAAGUGAUGAAAUAAUUACUCCCAGGAGUCUUAAUUCGGACAAUGAUCGUGAUAUUGAAGAAGGAGAUGACGACGAUAACACAAGUUGUGACGAUAACGACACAACAACCACCAUGAAUACCACAGCAACCACAUUCCACCAUAAAUCUAUUUACCGUCGGCGUAAACGUAACAAUAGUAGCCGAAACAUCAAUGCAUCUCACCAUCAUCAUGGCCAGAUAAAACAAUCAGAGGACGCCACCUCGACAACAUUUUCCUCAUUAAAACCCAACAGAAACAUUAUACCCUGCUGUAUUAAACCCACUGUUCUUCGCGGCUUUGCUGCACCACGUCCCAACACCAUGCACAUGGAAAAUAUCUUGCUAUUAGGUGAGGAACAGUAUUUCGGGCUCGUUCUUCUACGCUCACAUCCAGGUCAUCGUAUCGCAUUCGAACCUGAAGCGAUUGCCUAUGCCACUAUUCCAUCCAACUUUUUCGCUCUCCAAGCUUUGCAACUUCGUAAUAUUCGCGUUACUUUCCAUACACAAAUUGAAUUCCACCAUAUCUCUAAACAUCUUGGCUUUAUGUAUUGGCUCGUGUCUAUUACCAAGAUUCUCGACAUGAUAUUUUCAAUGCCGUUCAUUGUCUAUCUAUACACCAUCUACAUUCGAUAUUUCCACUCCAAAGACUUGGCUUACGCCAUUAUUGCUGGUUCAUUCACGUGUUUGGUGGCCUUGCAUAUUUUCUACUUUUUGAUUCGACGUCAGUUUAAAUAUGUAUUGUGGUUCAUUCUUUAUGGGUUGUUUUCCGUGCCUAUCUUUAACGUCUAUUUUCCAUUGCUAGCAGUAUGGUGCACUGACUAUGCAAACCGUUGGUAUGAUGUUUGGCCAACCGACACCACCACCACUACUACUAGCACUACUGACACCACUAGCACUGUUAAUACUACUGCACUCUCAACAGGUAGAAAACGAAAUCAUCGUCAUACACAACGCGGUCGGCUUCAUGGUAUUUUGAUGGAUGACUUUAUAGAUAGAGACGAUGCAUAUAUAGAAGAGGAAGAAUUAGAAGCGGAAGAGAAUAUUAUGCGUAUGCGUUUAGCUGAUUUUGAAGUCCUUGAAGCUGCAAAAACUGCACAGAAGGAAAAGGAGCAGCAAGAAUUGUUAGAUGCUAAGUUCAGUGGUUUUACAGGCUAUGUUAGUAGCGCAGCAGCAGCAGCAAACAACAAUGGGCACACAAGUCGACCCUCUUGGUCUUCCUCUUUAAGGUUAGAUUCACCUGCUUCGUUCGUAUCUACGCCGCCUUUGGUUCAAAUCCGUGAUGCGGGUAAAUUGAAAAAGACAGGUGGAGAUGGGCAUUCUCGUCUUGCUUCAGACGAUGAUGCCAACCGCUACAUUUUGCAGCAACCGAAUAAUAGUGGCACCAAUAAUAGCAGUGGCAGCGGCCUUGGUAGCAAACACCAACAGAAAUCAUCUAUUGUAUCUUUGGAAACACUUUCAAACCCCUUCGCCUCUAAUUUGGAUGACCCUUUUGAUGAUGCCUAUGGUGUUUCGAACAUUUACUCACGUCAGCACAGACCUACCCAAUCCCAAUCUUCCUAUUAUAGCCGCACCUCAAUGACAGAUUAUCCAUAUUACACUCAUGAUUUGUUUGUACCAGAACAACAGCAAACGGAACAUUAUCCUCCUCCUUCUAUACAAGUGUCAGCUUCAAAUUUAACCUCAAACACGCCUACACCACCCCCGCUACCAGCAUCAGCACCGCCUGUACCUAUAUCCUCGUCUUCUGUGCAAACCUCUCAAUCACAGCCUUAUUCUUUAUAUCAGCAACAGCAGCCCAUCAAGCAUCGCAUCAGAUCUUGUUCAUCAUCUUCCCCUUCCAUACAUUCUUCGACAAUACGUCAACCUCCCCUUGCAUACCCAACAUUUUCAGCAUCCACAUCAUCUACUUUGUACCAUCUUCAUCAUCAUCAUCAUCAUAUCUCCGAAAGAUCACCCACUAUUGUAUCAGAAACUGUACAACAAAAGAUACAACAACAGCAACAGCAACGAGAAAGCAUGGACGAUAAUGAUUCCAUCCUUUCAAUGAACCACUCCUUAUCAAGUUUCUCCAUUAUAAGCUUGGAGCGAAACGAUGCAACCGAUAGCGCUAGUACCCAUGAGGAUACACGAAUGGCUAUGUCGCCACCUCGUCAUCAUCACUUUAUGCAUAAUGCUGCAGGUGCUGCUCAUACUGUUAUGACUACUAUGGACAAUGAUGAAGAUGAAUCUGAAGGAAGAAGUGCACCUGUACAUUCUAGAAUCCUUUCUAAACAAUGAUAACCCAUUUAUAUCAUAUUCCUUUCUUCCUUCAGCUUUCCUUUGGAUAGUUUUGGCUGUUUAUUUGAUGUAUAUUUCUGCUUUUGUUUUUAAUUACUUUUUUUUUUCUUGUGCUUUGUAUAACUUUGCCCAUUUUAGUCUUCAUUCAUCAUGUAUAUAAUUUCGCACAGUUUUCAUUCAAUGCUUA